AUGAAACUGUUCAGUUUCUACAGCAAAUCGAUUUACAUUCAAUAUCGUAAUCAACUAUGCUCCACGACGACAAUCGUGAUCUGUGCCCUAACGGUGACUGCAUUCGUCGCACCGUACUAUUUGCUGUCGUCCAUCAAACAAGGCGAACUUUGGGACCAGCACCGCGCAGUGUACGAGCAGCCCAGAAUGAAAUUUCUGUACGAUUAUUUGUUUACGGCAGAAAUGGAAGAUGCCGACGAACGUUCGUCAACCGUCGUAACAUGCAGCUCUUUCGAAUCGUACAACUCGCUCACUGAACAGCAGCAUUCGUGCAAUGACGUACAGGUGGUUCCCAUCGAUGCAGAUCACGAUCAGGUGCUGGAUCAUCUUUCGGUCGGGAUCAGUUUCAACCCUCCUAACACUGCAACCCGAUUAUCGUUCUACACGUUCUACUUCUUCCUAGAAGCGACCGUAUCGUCACAAUGUUUUUUCGUCGUACCGACGUUUGUUUCGUUGGAAAAGGUACAAGCACCGAGACGCAAGUUUGAGUCCGGCACAGUCACGCAUCAUGGAUUCAUGCAAGCGCAACAAACCGCUACACUGCAGUGCCCGUUUUUUAUGCGACAUCAAAAAUCUCACUUCAGCGAUCGGUACUAUCCGAAUGAAAACACUACUCUCGAUGGAUUUCAGCCGGGACGAAUACUCACGAUGAUACAAAGCACUAACCCGGCAUACUAUGAAUAUCACACGCAGCGUACGGACUGGACGAUGGAUGAUUCUGGAUCGAUACGCAUACAAAUCGAGGUCGCUAUCGGAGGUGCCGAUAGCCGGGCAAUGAUCUUUCUCUACAAAAAUUCUCUAUGGUGGAAGCUGUGUCAGUUCUGGGGAAGUUAUUUUCCCCUGCUACUCGUCUCACUGUGGUUGAUUGAAAAAACUAAGCAAUAUCUGUUCGAAAACUUUUAUCUGCGCGCAGUAGAAGUAAAACCGUGGAAGGAUAAAUAUAAUUAA